GACACGGGGAGGCAUAGAACCCUGUUUUGCCUUAAUCAUAAAAUAUAACAAUUGUUUAUGAAUUAAACUGCUUUUUUAACAGUAAGAUCGAAUCAAGUUACCUAUGGGGGAUAAGAGUCUGGUCACCCCACUGCAUGCAUGUGUGUGCUGUAGUUAAUGUGUACGCUUAGCCCGCUGGAGAUGGAGAAAGCGCGGCUGUGUACGCCUGCGUGGUGGAUGCUGCUCAUUGCCACACACGUGAUCUGGAAAGGACAAGAUGGCUGCGCGCAUGGGAAAACGUGUGACCCGGCUCCGGUGCAGUGAUGGGGACACAGUGAAACAAGAGCUAAGCGCGAAGCUCGGGGAAGUGCUGCAGAGCAGGGCAAAUGCCAACUCUGUAUUCGAUAUACUUGAGUAUCUGCAGUCUGAAAAUGAAGAUGAUGUUCAAGCUGCAAUUCAAACAUGCGCUAAACUUUUUGAGUCUCUGCUGGAAAAGGGAGAGAUCUAUAUCGGGGACCUUCCAUCCGAAGAUGAAAGCCUUCCAGAUUCACUGAGUGCAGAAGAGAAGUAUAAAAUAUGGAUGAGGCACCGUUACAACGACUGUGUGACCUGUCUGUUGGAGCUUCUAAGUCACCCUUCUUUCCAAGUUCAGGAGCUUGCAUUGUGCAUACUUAUGAAGUUUGUCCAGCUAGAAGGAAAGUUCCCUCUGGAAAACGCCAAGUGGAAAGAUAAUUACCGGUUUCCACGUCCCUUGUUAAAAUUAGUUGUAGAUGCUUUAUUAAAGGAGGAUAAAGAUUCUUCCCUUUUACUUCACCGAUUCCAAGAGUAUGUAGAAUAUGACGACGUCCGGUAUUACACCAUGACGAUGAUAAAUGAACGCAGCGCACGUGUGCAGCAGAACACGAAAGAGCCUUUACCCUCCAUUUUCCAGAACAAUGUUUUUUGCCUCCUUUCAUCCAUUGAUAUGCCUAUUGAGAAUAAAUUGGCAAAUUUCCUGAUAGAACAGAAAGAAAACUGUGAUGACUGGAAACCAUCAAAAUUAAAGGAACACAAAAGACUAUUUGAAAGAGUAUGGAUGAGCUUCUUAAAGCACAAACUCCCAGUCAGUCUGUACAAAAAGGUGCUUUUAAUCCUGCAUGAGUCUAUAUUACCACACAUGAGCAAGCCCACUCUAAUGAUAGACUUCCUUACAGCAGCCUAUGAUGUGGGUGGAGCCAUAAGCCUUCUUGCACUAAAUGGGCUGUUUGUUCUCAUUCAUCAGCACAAUCUAGAGUACCCAGAUUUCUACAAGAAGCUUUAUUCACUCCUGGAUCCCUCUGUGUUCCAUGUGAAAUAUCGAGCCCGCUUCUUUCAUUUGGCAAACCUAUUCUUGUCAUCCACCCACUUACCCGUGUACCUAGUUGCUGCAUUUGCCAAGCGUCUGUCACGGCUCUCUCUCACAGCACCUCCUCAAGUCCUGCUGAUGAUUAUUCCAUUUAUAUGUAACCUGAUCCGGAGGCAUCCAGCUUGCCGUCCUCUCAUCCACAGGCCCAUGGAAUCUGGAGAUCUGACAUCAGAUCCAUACAUCAUGGAAGAGCAGGACCCAGCGAAAAGUCGAGCUUUGGACAGUUCUCUCUGGGAGCUGGAGGCUCUGCAAAAUCAUUACUAUCCAGAUGUUGUGAGAGCUGCCAAUGUAAUUAGCCGGACCCUGUCCGCACAAGAGAGCGAUGUCUCUGAAUUCCUGGAGAUGUCCUCCUAUGAGCUCUUUGGGAAGCAGAUGAAGAAAAAGUUCAAGUCUGUGCCAUUGGAAUUUGAACCUAUUACAGGACUUCUUGGCAAGAAACAUGACGUCACCGCUGAUCACUUCUGCCUGUAAAUGGUUUUACUCCUUUCCAUUGUAUCAUUUAUUUGUUUUGUACAUGCUGUUUGCAAUAAACUGAUAUCGAUCCAAGAGAAA